GGUCCGCCUUCCCCGCUCGGGCUCUCUCGGCUGGGCGGCUGCGGCAGGAGGGAGCCCGGCCUUGGGGCUGCCCCAGCAAGGGCGGCGAGGAGCACCGGAGGCUCCAGCCGGACGCGGCUCGCGAGGAGGAGGAAGAAGAGGAGGAGGAGGAAGGCCGGGAGGAGCGCUCCGACGACCCCCCCCCCCGGAGCAGCCGGGAUUCUCCGCGGGGGGGCAGCCAAGGCCUGAUGGACAUCUGACGGCUCUCUGGUGACCACGCUGGGAAGAGUAUGGUCAAACACCAACCUCUACAGUACUACGAGCCGCAGCUAUGUUUGUCGUGUCUGACCGGAAUUUACGGUUGCCGUUGGAAACGAUACCAGCGGUCACAUGAUGACACCACGAAGUGGGAACGCCUCUGGUUCUUCAUCCUCACCUUCACUUUCUUCCUGACGCUUAUGUGGUUUUAUUUCUGGUGGGAAGUUCACAAUGACUACAAUGAAAUCAACUGGUUUUUAUACAAUAAAACGGGAUAUUGGAGUGACUGGUCUGUUCCGAUCUUGGUGUCGACAACGGCCGGUUUAACGUACGUCACACUCUUGUUGAUUUUAGCACUAUGUCACAUAGCAGUCGGGCAGCAGCUGAACCUACACUGGAUACACAAGAUUGGGUUGAUAACCACCUUUAUAGCGACUCUCAUCACGAUGUGUUCAAUAGCUCAACUCUGGGAUGAUGAAUGGGACAUGGUCAUAAUAUCGUUACAGGCCACAGCCCCCUUUCUGCACAUCGGAGCCCUGGUGGUUGUCACCGCUCUGUCCUGGUUGAUAUCCGGGCUGGUCGGGAGAGCGGAAAGAGCCGGUUCCCAGAUGCUGACGUUCACUGCCUACUUUGCGGUUGUUCUUGGCCUUUACCUUCUGCCCCUCACCAUCUACUCGCCCUGCAUCAUGGAGAGGAAGGAUCUUGGACCCAAACCUACCAUCAUCGGUCACCGGGGCACGCCUAUGCUGGCCCCCGAAAACACUUUGAUGUCCUUCCAGAAGGCAGUGGAGCAGAAAAUUUACGGUGUGCAGGCCGACGUGGUGAUUAGUUAUGAUGGGGUGCCUUUCCUGAUGCACGAUACGACGCUACGGAGGACCACCAAUGUGGAGGAGGUGUUUCCAGAGCUGGCCUCUGAGCACUCUUCCAUGUUCAACUGGACAGACCUGGAGAGUCUGAAUGCCGGCGAGUGGUUCUUCGAGGACGACCCCUUCUGGACCGCCAACUCUCUCUCAGCUUCCGACGCCAAGCAAGCCAGAAACCAGUCGGUUUGUAAGCUGGCAGACAUGCUGGAGUUGGUCAAGGACAAUGCCACCGUCCUCUUGAACCUUCAGAGGGUGCCCUGGGAUCACCCGUUCCACAGCUCCUUCCUCAACAUCACCCUGGAAACUGUUCUCAGUUCGGGCAUUCCGCAGCAGGCUGUGAUGUGGCUGCCGGACACAGAGCGAAAGCUGGUUCAGCAGGUAGCCCCGGGAUUCCAGCAGACCUUUGGCACCAAGGCAGACGCUCAAAAAUUGCGGGAUGAAGGCUUCCGGAAACUGAAUCUGCGGUACACCAAGGUCACCCGUGAAGAUAUCAGGGAGUAUGCAGCUGCCAACCUGAGCGUGAACCUGUACGUUGUGAACGAGCCGUGGCUUUACUCCAUCCUCUGGUGCGCCGGAGUUCAAUCCGUCACCUCUGAUAACUCUCACGCCCUCCGCAGGCUGACUGCUCCUCUCUGGCUCAUGCCUUUGGAUGACUACAAUCUAAUCUGGAUAACAGCCGAUCUCAUUUCAUUUACCGUAAUUGUAGGCGUUUUUAUAUUCCAGAACUAUCACAUAAUCAGGUGGCGCCUGGGCAGCAUCAGGACCUACAAUCCUGAGCAGAUCAUGCUGAGCGCCGCCGUGCGCAGGUCCAGCCGGGACGUCAACAUCAUGAAGGAAAAACUGAUCUUUUCGGAAAUCAACAGCGGAGUGGAGACUACAGACGAGCUGUCGCUGUGCUCCGAGAACGGCUACGCCAACGAAGUUGUCACGCCCAUGGACCACAGAGACGUGAAGCUACGCAUCAACUGAAGGGCAGGAAACCAGUGGACUCUGGGACGCCCUGCUCUCUCUCUCUGGGUGCAAGCGUUCUUCCAGAAGCAGCUGAGGAUCGGAUUCCUCUCCUACCAAACUGUUACCGUAGUGGACUUCCCGAGGGUGGCCUGGUGCCUCUCUGGAGACUGAAGUUGGGUCGGGAUGUGUUUUUUGUAAAUAUGUCCCCUUUUUUGGUCCUUUUUCUUGCGUAUUUGGGGCAGGAGGGUGUACAUAUUCAUAAGGAAGAAGCUGGCGACCGGAAAUGCCGUCUUCUGGCUGGGCCAGCCCACCACAGUUUGGGACGCGGGGGACGAGCCAGCGGGUAGAAGAACCCCCCUUGUAUUCUCCGCUCCUCUCCUCGGUGCAGCGAUUGUUAGCUGAACGUAUUUAAAGAUGUAUGUUGUGAAA